UGCCAUCUCUUAACCUCAAAUUAGUGGGUUUGCUUUUAAUUGGAACUGUACUGAACUUGGUGCUCAUCUUUAGUAAAAAGGCCAACCCUGCAGAUGAGUCAUCACAUAACAUGGCGAUAAACACAAAGGAAUCAAUGUGUGACCAAAUAACUAAGAAACCAGAUGCCAUCACAUGGCCACCCUGUCAGCGUAAUGAAUCUGCAUCCAACGUGACAGGCUUUUCUUCACUUCCCGGCCACAUCCAAGACUUCCUGUAUUAUCGUCACUGCCGCCACUUCCCCAUGCUGCUUGACGUACCUGAUAAAUGUGGAGGUCCACAGAACUCUGCUGAUGUCUUCCUUCUGCUGGUUAUUAAGAGCUCGCCUUGGAAUUAUGACCGCAGGGAGGUUCUACGUAAAACCUGGGCAGAGGAGAGAAUCCAGAAUGGUGUAUGGGUGCGUCGACUCUUCAUCUCAGGAACCACAAGCUCAGGAUUUGAGAAGUCAAAGCUGAACAACUUACUGGAGUUGGAAAACAAAGAACAUCAUGACAUCUUGCAAUGGGACUUCAGUGACACCUUCUUCAAUCUAACAGUGAAGCAAAUUCUGUUUCUCGAGUGGAUGGAGAGGAACUGCCCAAAUGCUCGCUUCCUGCUGAACGGUGAUGAUGACAUCUUCGCCAACACAGAUAACAUGGUGGAAUACACUCAAAGCUUCAAGGACAAUGAUGGAAGCAAGCAUCUGUUUGCAGGUCAUCUCAUCCAUUAUGCUGGACCCAUCAGAGACCGAGGCAGCAAGUACUAUGUGCCAGUUCAGGUACAAGAGUCAGAAACAUACCCCCCCUAUUGUUCAGGAGGGGGCUUCCUCUUGUCAGGCUACACAGCUAUGGUCAUAUACAAAAUGUCUCAGUCAAUAACCAUAUUGCCCAUUGAUGAUGUUUACAUGGGGAUGUGCCUGCAAAAGGCUGGUCUUGGCCUGGAGUCCCAUUUUGGUGUCAGGACUGCAGGACUGCGCAUUCCUUCAGAAAGGCUGGAUGCAUUUGACCCUUGUUUUUACAGGGAAAUUAUUUUAGUGCACAGGUUUUUAGUACAUCAGAUUUACAUAAUGUGGCAUGGAGUACGUGACCCUAACCUGAAAUGUAAUGUACAAACUUCACAACUUUGAACUUUUCAGGUGUCUCUUAUCUUGUUUCUUUUUUAAGUAUUAUAUUCAGAUUUCUCACUGGAGAUUGGUGAUUUGUCUUUAUGUAUAACGAUAUGUAAUAUUUUGAUGGUUUUUCCAAUUGAAUUUAUUUGAAGAUUGAAAGGGGUUUGUUUUUCUGACAGGACGAGUCAGACCGGCGGGUCUGACUACCUAACCCCUGUUCUAAGGCCCCAUUCCCCUGGAGACCCUGUCCCCCCCCUUCUCACUGGAUGAUCUACCCCUUCCCCUUGGAGACUCUGCCCCAUCUGCCCCUAUGCCCCAUCAGACCUAGGAGUGGUCUGCCCCCCCCCCCCCUUCCCCUUGAAGACCCUGCCCCACCUGCCCCAAUACAUCAUCCGAUGUUCGGAGAAGCCUGUUGUACAUUUAUGGACAGGACCAUUCAAGGUCAUCGAGAGAACCUUGCACGCCCUAAGGGUGCUGGGGAAAGGAAGUACGUGGUACCACUGGAGCAUGUGUUGUGCUGCUCCAGAAUCCAGUCGUACGUUGCAGCAGUUGGUGGAGAAGGGCCAGGAGGGCCAGUGAACCUUUUGCUAUUGCUACGAAUGUGAGAGUCCGGAAAAGAGGGUUACGACUAGGUCAAGAGUGAUACUGCUUGACCACACUAGAAUUGUACUGGACUAAGAAGGUUUCCGCUAUUUUACUUAAGAGUGUGCUAUAUCAAUAUCAACAUGAUUGUUGCUGUAUCCCGUGUAUCAGGUCCCUGUGAAACCGAAUCAUUGUCUCGGCUGUGGAGAACCCAAAGACGGGGUUCCAAAUGCCGUUGCUGGGGCUGGCUGACCAGGACGAGGAGACAGUGGUUGGUCCGGGCUAUGUUGAUUGAUCUCUGGUGUUUUCAGAGAUCAAAAGAGGGAUUAAAGAAUAUAUUGUGCUUAUUAAAGUUAUGCAUUGUGCUUAUUAAAGUUAUGAACUUAGAAGUGUGCCCAGGCUUAAACAUUGGGUCUCACACUGAGUGUGGGAAGCAGGCUGUUCUUUGUGUCUCUCUCUUCAUUUUCAGAAACAACCUUGAAACCGGGUGGAGACGGCACCCGAGCAGGUGGGACGCGUAGGCAAGAACAACUCCCUGAUGCACGAGAGAACAAGCUCAACCCUUUUUUGAUACUUGUGUUUCAAUUGCACUGUAUAAAUAUAUGCUGGGGAGGGACAGAUAGCCAGUUGGACUUCGUGAACCAGCCCAAACUCUGUUGCGGGUAGGGAAACGUAGACAACCCCAGAGCUCUGUACUUGUUGAUUUCCAACUGCUGCAUUAAAGCUGAUAUUAUGGGACCUCUGCGACUCCAGACCACUCUUUCUA